AUGUCGCAACGACAGCUCGCAAGAGAUAUGCAGACCGAGUUCCAGGCUCGGCACCGAGAUGCUAACACCCCGCGCCACCCCGCCCAGUUCAACGCAAAGCAAGCCCGCCGCGAAGCCCAGAAGGCCGCGAAGCAGGAUAACGAGCUGAAGAAGCAGAUCCAGAACCUCCUCAAGAAGGGCGAGAACCAACAAGCGGCCCAGAAGGCCCGAAUGCUGCUCGCCAAGCAGGCCAUCGCCGCGCAGAUGGACCAGGCCGCCGACAUGGCCGAGCUCUCGGUCGCGCAGAUCCAGGCCAACAACGCCAUGAACCGCAUGACCUACAUGAUGGCGCAGUCGUCGCGCACCAUGAACCGCGCCCAGAAGAACGUCAACCCGGAGAAGACGCUCGUGACGCUCGAGCAGUACAAGAACCAGAACGAGGAGUACGCCAUGUCCAACAGCAUCUACACCGACGCCAUGACCCAGAACACCUCGGUCCAGGUCUCGGACGACGCCGUCCACGAGCUGCUGGGCAAGCUCGCCGACGACGCCGGCGUCGAGCUGUCGCAGGAGUUCAACGCCGCCCAGGUCAGCAAGAACGAGCCCGUGCGCGAGCAGGCCUCCGCCGAGCCCACGGCCGAGGAGGAGGACGCGCUGCAGCAGCGGCUGCGGGCCCUGCGUGCUUGA